AUGGCUCAAAACAUCAGUGACGAAGAUUUUAUCGAGAGAACAAGAUCUAAUAUCGGAAAGAGAGGAUUCUUUUAUUUUAUCCCAACCAUUUCCAUUCUCCUCUACAUGAUCAUUCCAAUUGUUGCCUUGAGUAGUUUUGUUGGAUUUUUAGCAGUUAAUUUUAAAACAGAAAAAGAAAGAAUUGAUUAUUUGCAACAUUUUGGUAAUAGUGCAUAUAAUUUAACUAGUUCCUACUCUGGAAAGGUGAUCAAUAUGGUAAAUUCUGACAAGUUGUCUGCUGAACAAAGUGUUGAAAUGGUUCAUGCUAAAUUACGUUCAUUCUUUACUUUUACUGAAUUGAAUUAUGCCAUUAUUGUAACAUCAAUGAUUGGAUUGGUUAUUUAUAUGAGAGUUGUUGUAAUGACAAAGCUUAUUGUUUUUACAUGGUUGAGAAGAUUGAUUUUUGGAGCUAUUCCUGAUGAUUUCAUGUUGGUUGACUUUUUGACUUUGAAAAAGGAAAGAACCAUUGAAAAUAUCAAAGGUUUAAUUGAUCAAUUAUUUGAAAUUACCAAACUUAACAUUCAAGAUAUUGAUACCAUUAUUGUUGAUACCACAAAUAAGGAUAAGGUAAUUGAUGACUUGAUGGUUCAUUUGGAUGAAAGUAAGAAGAAUAUCAAAAUGGUUUCACUUUGUGGAAUGAAUAUUUCCUCAUUCAAUUUAGUUAAGGAUACUCUUCCAAAGAAGUCAAGAGCUUUGAUUGUUACAAAUAAUGGAAAUAAGGAUACAACUGUUGUUGUGGUUUCUAAUAAUCCAAAAGAUGUUAAAAUCUCCAAGUACAUUCUAGUUAAAUCUGAAACAGUUGUUGCCAGUGAAAAUUCAGAAUCUGAUAUUGCUUCAGCAUGGAAUAAUUCUAAAUGUGCUCAUCUUUGUUUGGGUAUUACUGAAGAAAAGUUGAAUACUGUAAAGAAAGGUAUGUGA